GGAACAACCCUGAGAAAGGACGAACGGCCACACUCUUUCCGUGACAUUCUGGAGAAGGUCACGUUCCAUUUCAGCCUGAGACGCAGGACUGACUCACUCUCCUGGUGUUUCUGAAAAAAAAUCAGUCAUCCGUUCUAACUCUUUCUGCUCUUAGGGAAGAACACAUUUUGUGUGGUGCUCUUUUAGUCACUUACCUGCCUUGUGUUUCUACAGUGUCCAGGAGCGAAGGGAAAGAUUAGAUCAUGUUGGAGUUCUGGCUAAUUUCUGCCCCGGGAGAUAAAGCAAAUCUGCAGGCAUGGGAGAGAAUGAACACAGUGACAUCUAAAUCCAACCUGUCGAGCAACAGCAAAUUCCAUAUUCCAGACUUAAAGGUGGGGACACUGGAUGCUCUUGUUGGUCUGUCAGAUGAGUUGGGAAAACUUGAUAGCUUUGCUGAAAGCGUAAUAAAGAAAAUAGCCCAGUACAUAGGAGAAGUUAUGGAGGACUCAAAAGAUAAAGUCCAGGAAAAUCUUCUGGCCAAUGGAGUUGACCUAAUUAGCUACCUGACACGGUUUGAGUGGGACAUGGCCAAAUAUCCCAUAAAGCAGCCGCUGAAGAAUAUAUCAGAAGCAUUAGCAAAGCAAGUGACUCAGAUAGAAACAGACCUAAAGACACGAUCAGCUGCAUACAACAACAUUAAAGGAAAUUUGCAAAGCCUGGAGAAAAAAACUGUGGGAAAUCUGCUGACUCGGACCCUAGCAGACAUUGUGCAUAAAGAAGACUUUGUUCUGAAUUCCGAGUAUCUUAUCACGCUGCUCGUUGUGGUGCCAAAGUCAAGCUAUGUACAGUGGCAGAAGACCUAUGAAUCCCUCUCCGAUAUGGUAGUGCCUCGCUCCACCAAAAUGAUUGCUGAGGAUGCAGAGGGAGGACUCUUCACUGUGACCCUAUUUAGAAAAGUGAUGGAUGACUUCAAGGCUAAAGCCAGGGAGAACAGGUUCAUGGUUCGAGAGUUUUAUUUUGAUGAGAAGGAACUGAAAUGUGAGAAGGAAGAGCUGAUGAAAUUAGCUUCCGAUAAGAAACAACAAUAUGGCCCGUUACUGCGCUGGCUGAAAGUAAACUUCAGCGAAGCAUUUGUGGCUUGGAUUCACGUGAAAGCCUUGAGAGUUUUUGUUGAAUCUGUCCUGAGGUAUGGCCUCCCAGUGAAUUUCCAAGCAAUGCUGCUGCAGCCAAAUAGGAAGUCUGUAAAACGCCUCAGAGAUGUCCUAAACGUGGUCUUCAAACACCUGGAUGAAGUUGCAGCAGCAAGUAUAAUGGACCCUGGCAUGGACAUCCCUGGUUUACAACUGAGUAAUCAAGAAUACUAUCCUUAUGUCUAUUUCAAGAUUGACCUCAGUCUUCUUGACUGCAGUUAA